AGCAUCCGUGCGCAGGCGUGUUUGGCCCGCAGCCCCUCCGAGGUCGCUGUCCUGCCCUCCCGUCGCUUUUAAGAGCUACCAGCCGGGAAAGGAGCAUGCCGCCCUCUUUUAGGCCAGUCAUGACGGCGUAUCCUAGAAAUACUGCCUGUGAAAUGCUAGAAAUGCUGCACGGGUGCUUGCUGUGGUGAGAGAACUGAGGUUCCCCCCUGCCUCCCAGUCUUCCCCAGUUGAAAAGAAAAAGUCAUAAAAGUAAUGGUUUUCAUGCUGGAGCCCUGGGAUUACUGGAUAGCGGAGUAUCUGUCUCUGAGAUUCAUGUUGUUCUGAUCCAGCAGCAACCAUGUCAUAUUACAACAGCCAGCAUUCAUUCACCCACCACUCUUUUGUGUUCGUGCAGGGGAUCCUGAUGUCUCCAAGGUAGUAGCUGAUGAAACCACAGUCCUUGAUGUCCCUACUGAGUUUAGCAGGCCAGCCACCACACACUUCCACAGGCUGCAAGAAGAGGAAAGCACAACUUCUGAACAUGAGCUGUGGCAAGCCAGGGUGCUGAGGACUGAGAAUCAGCACCUUGAGACCAUCUCGACCAUUAAGGCCAAUGGCAGGUGCAAGGAAGAAUUGGAUGAGGGUGUGGAUCCCGGAUCUGCAGCAGAAAAAGUGGAGAUGGGGCAUAAAGAGGCAUGUCCAGGAGACCUGGAUCUGUUGUCGCCCUCAAGCGGGGUUUGGCUCAAUGCUCGUUUGGUUGGCAAGCCAUGCAAGGUGCAUGCUCUGGCCAGCCAGCUCCAGAAGUGCCUGCAGGACUGUAGCGGCAAGACAGCUGGGUGGGAAUCCCAGCAGCCCAGUCCUUCUGAAGGAGAGAGUGUAGAGACUUGUGAGAAAGAGAGCAAAGCUUCCAAAGACUCCACACUGGUAUUCCCAGACCAUGGGGAAAAGGGCCCACUGGAGGGCCCUGAGGGGCACGAGGAGUAUACGGAGCUGGUGAAGUGUCAUUCUGGCAGCCCAGGCCCCCGACCAAAAGCUGUGUCCCAGAAGGAGAUGAUCAAGCGCAGGUACCGCUGUGGGGAGUGUGGUAAAGCCUUCCUGCAGCUCUGCCACCUCAAGAAGCACCGCUUUGUCCAUGCUGGCCACAAGCCCUUCCUGUGCACAGAGUGUGGCAAGAGCUAUAGUUCAGAGGAGAGCUUUAAGGCCCAUGUGCUGGCCCACCGGGGUGUGCGGCCUUUCCAGUGCACCCAGUGCGACAAGGCUUACUGCACCAAGCGAGACUUGCAGGAGCACCAGGUCCUGCACACUGGCCAGCGCCCCUUCUCCUGCGAGCAGUGUGGCAAGGCCUUUGCACGCCGGCCCUCUCUCCGCAUUCACAGAAAGAUCCACUUGGCCACAGGGACUGGCCCAGCUGGUCCCAAGGGAUGCCAGUGUGCCAUAUGUGGACGCCACCUGGCCAACCCUGGCUCCUUGCGCAACCACAUGCGCCUGCACACCGGGGAGCGCCCUUACGCCUGUCCCUACUGUGCCAAGGACUUCCGACAGCAGAGCAACCUGCGCGAGCACCUCCGGCUGCACACGGGUGAGAAGCCCUACCAGUGCCGCUUCUGUGGCGACGCCUUCCCCAAGCUGCCAGAGCUGCGGCGCCAUCUCAUCUCCCACACGGGUGAGGCCCACCUAUGCACCGUGUGCGGCAAGGCGCUGCGGGACCCCCACACGUUGCGAGCCCACGAGCGCUUGCACACAGGCGAGCGCCCUUUUCGCUGUGAGCAGUGCGGCAAGUCCUACACCCUGGCCACGAAGCUGCGGCGCCACCAGAAAUCCCACCUGGCUGACAAGCCCUACAGAUGCGAGCUCUGUGGCAUGGGCUACACCCUUCCCCAGAGCCUUGCGCGCCAUGUGCUGACCCACAAGGUCGAAAAGGACCCCAAGGAACUCACCACUGCAGUGUCCUCACUUGAUGUGGACCCACCCCAGGCAGCAAGGAAAAGGCCUCAGAGGAAGGGCCACCAGGAGGAAGUUGCGGCAGAGCCCACCUUGCUCAUGGUGGAGGUGCCAGGACCAGCAAAUGAGGCUGAGCUGCUGAUCGCAGCCAGCAGUCACUGCAUUGCUACUUACCAGUCUCAGGGCAGCCCCCCAGAUCCUGGGGUGCAUGGGAGGCCCACUGGGCAUUUGCCAUCAGCAAAGGACAUCAUUGAAAUCACCAUCUCCGAGCAUGAGGACAAAUGCAUUGUAGUGCAGGACGAGGGCUCACCAAGUGAUGUGGUCAUCAUUCAGGAGGGGUUGGGCUUCGGAGCAGUGGCAGAAGUGGUGGAGGUUGAGACUGGGACCUGACUAUCCCAGCCUGCCCUGGCUGAUCUUCCUCUGUACUUAUUAAAAUGGGGUAAAAAAACAACAAAGCCCCUAGUUCUCUUGUCUCUCUGUGGCAACAAGGCCCUGCAGCUCAGCCCCAGGCAGAAUUAGCAGUCCUGGAGGUAACUGCCUGCAUAGACCUGGGUCUUUUCGGUAGCUGCCCCUUGGAGCUGUGAGCCUACAUGUGCCUCAUGCUGCGCCUGGUGCAGAGAAGGUGCUGGCUGUUGAUGGGAAUAGCUUCUUAGAGAAGACUCCUGCAGUGUUAAUGAGCAGUGCUUUUGCUCUGCCUGUGUUACGCUGUCAGUGGGUGACAGCGUGCUGUGGGGAAGGCAGGAAAAGUCUCAAAGCAGCAGCUUUGAACAAUGCCUUCCUUUCAAGUUUUUCUUUCUCUAAUUAAUUGUUGCUAUUCAAGCACUUUCCUGGGCUUUUACUCGUGGAGCUCAGCAGCGCUUCCGAUCAUAUGAAGGUGACGCUGAUGGCAGGCAUUGCUGGGAAGCGGCUUCCCAACUGUUUGCAAGGUGUCUCUCUUACGGGUUUUUUUGAGGAGCAUUUUUCACAAAUAGUGGAAACAAAGUCCUGCCCUGGAGCUGGGGCUGCGUGUUCCUACUCCAUUGUCACCUGUUCUGCUUGCUCUCGGCUUCCUGGCCUUACAGUGACUGGAUGGUCUGUCUGAGGACAUGAAAGGAUACCUUCAUGCCUCACUGUGCAAAUAGCAUUGUACGGUGCAAUUUUCACUGUCCUCAGCUGAGAGGCUCCUCACCUCUCCAGGUAAGGGUCCAACAGUUCAUCUCGGUAUGCUCAGAUUUUGUCAUUCCCCUUUGCAUUCAAGUUGGUUUCGUUAAUCUGUUUCCCUUGUUCUUUUUCUCACAUUCUUGCUUCCUCUCUUCCACUUCCUCCCCGCUCCUGCAGCAAAAAGCUAAAGGACAGCACCACCACAGCUACACCCCAAUAUUCCCACUGCUCAAUCUUUAGUGCUCAUUUGCCAGCUGAGGCACGCUGAAGGAAAUUGGUCACGUUUUGGGAAGGAGGUGCACAGUUCCCAAUGCCAUGUGAACAUGGCCUUGUAGGAAGAGACCAACAAUACCAGCCCUAACAGAGGUCUUUCAGACUUGCCCACCCUGCACUCCCUUUUCAUGUGUUGUACAAACACUGCUUUCAUUUGCUGCAUCCUCAGUUUUAGCUGUUCUUGGUCCCCAUCUUGCCCCUCUCUAACAUCUGCAUUUCCCAAAAAAAGUUUUGUUUAGGGCCUAAAUUAUCUGGGCUUUUUAUGGCCACUGCACAAGAGGAGGGUAUAGUGUCACCGGGGAACUGUCGGUAGCACGGUUCCCUUUUGGGGUGCUGUGAACACAGUAAUGUGACGAUCUGAAAAGUGCUCUUUGUAGUUUCCACAUUCAACUUUUUUCCACAAACUUUUACGACCGAUUUGCAAAGGUGCUGCAGUCAGAUGUGAAGUAAGGAUGGAAGGUGAAUUCAGCUGAUAAACCUUUGAGUGUCCUUAUUUUCAGCUAUUUUCUUUGAAGUCAGGGGGCAGAUGAGCUCAGUCUUCGCCCUGAGCGCUUGGAGGCAGACCAGUGAGAGCAGAGGUGUACGAGGGGGGCUUCUACUUGAAGCCACAGCGCUUCCUACUGCUCUCCCUUUGGUGCCUAUCCUAACUCUUGCAGUUUCCAAAUAUUGACACAGCUGCAAAGUGUUCUCACUGGAGUUGGGCUCGUGCGCUGUGUUUGAAGCAUGUGCCC